AUGUCAGCUGGGAAUCACAGCUUUGUGACAGAGUUUGUCAUCGUUGGGUUCCCUGGACUUCAGCCAGAGUUCUACGGUCUUGCCUCAACUGUAUUAUUCUUGGUGUAUGUUUGCACUGCAGUAGGAAAUGUUGUUAUUCUUGUAUUGUUCGCAACAGACCGGGAUCUCCACAAACCCAUGUAUUUUGUUAUUUUACAUCUGGUUGUUUCUGAUAUUCUCUUUAGCACCACCACAUUACCAAAGAUCAUUGCCAGGUAUUGGUUUCAAGCAGGGGCCAUUUCAUUCACAGGUUGCUUUGUCCAGAUGUACUUAGUGCACUAUUUUGGAACUGUAAAUUCAUACAUUCUAUUUAUAAUGGCUUUAGACCGAUAUGUUUCAAUCUGUUUUCCGCUCAGAUAUCCAAUGAUUAUCAAAAACUCCACUAUUCAUAUUCUCAGUGCCACUGCUUGGAUUGUUGCGAAAGCCUGCCCAUUGAUGAUGGUAAUUAGGGCCUAUCCUCUUCCUUACUGUGACUCAAACAAAAUCAUGCAGUGCUACUGUGAUCAUAUCGCUAUAACAACGCUUGCAUGCACUGAUAGGUUUCCUUAUAGUUUUCCUGCUUUUAUCUUUGCCAUGCUGGCAUUACUGGGACCUCUUGUCUUUAUUAUAUUCUCAUAUUGCUCUAUUAUUGUGGCAGUUGUUCAGAUUGCGAGCCCCCAAGGCCGCCUCAAAACCCUUUCUACCUGCAGUGGUCAGCUGAUCAUCAUUGCCCUGUAUUAUCUCCCCAGGUGUUUUAUUUAUCUGGCCAGUAAUAUCGGCAUUAGAUUCAGCACUGAUUUACGUAUUGUUAUUAUCAUGUUGUAUAGCCUGCUCCCUCCCAUGAUCAAUCCACUGAUAUACUGUUUCAAGACAAAACAUAUAAAAACAAGCCUUAUGAAAAGAUUCAAGAAGUCAAUUGCUCCACAGAAAGAUAAUGUAUUUGCUGUCAGCCAAUGA